CCUUCUCCCCUGUCUUCAACCCCUCCCUCUCCCUCUCUUUCUUGAAUUAAGUCCAUUAUUCCUGCCCGCUCUCCCUCCGAGCGCUCCUUCUCUGCUCAGCUGCUGUGAAACCUCCCGUGUGUGUGAACUCCUUGCGCCUGUGCGUGAAGAAGAGUUUUGUGUGUGCGUGCGUGUGUGUGUGUGUGUGUGUGUGUGCGUGUGCGUGCGUGUGCGUAGGCUUGUGUGUUUUUCUAAGUGGAGCUGGAGUGGAGCUGACUGCAGAAAGGGGAAGACCGGGACCUCGCCGCGCCGCUUCCUAACUUACAGUCCAGAUGCUUUUUUGGACUCGCUGGACUCGUCUGCUGUCUCUCUGCCCUCCAGACAUCAUUCCCAUCACUGGAAUUAUUGAACUUUCCUGGAAUUUUGACCCUUCAUUUAUUCAUUCUUACUAUUUAUGGACUGUCAACGUUUUAAAUUCAGAUCCAGGUGUUUCCAAAAGACAUGCGCCAGCCUGAGAAUGGAUGUUUUGCAAGUGCAUGACAGGAGCUCAGUAUCCGUGUGUAGGACUUUGGGUUCCUUGGGAACAGACAGACAGGACUCGACGCCCAUGCGUGCCAGUUUUGUCCCAUCUCGGAUGCGAUAGGUGAUCCCUCAUCGGACCAGUGCUCAGUCGGCCUAUUGAAUCUGCAGAGCAUCGACCUACCUUAGAUCCUAUUAAAAGGAGUGUAAAAGACUGAGACCUGCCUAAAGAAGCAAGGGGACACGUUUGCUGUGGGCUCGUGAGUUUGAGUUGCUCCUGGAUUCACACAACGUAGGAGUCGAUUCCAGGAUCCCAAGAUAUUGACCUACAGUGAACUAAUCAGUUUUAUUAAAAAUGAUGACCAUGAUGAUGAUGGGUCUGGCCACGAUGAUCACCUGCAGCUCCCUGUUCCUACUGGGCCUGGCUGCCGCUCACGCUUCCUCCAGCGCUGUGGCCCGCUCUUCCUCGCCACCCUCGUCUUCCUCCACACCCUCUUUAUCUUCCUCCCCGCGCAUGAAGCUGUCAUACAAAGAGUUGCAGCAGUUCCACGGAGUGCGGCGCUUCGAGCUGGAGCGCUCCUGCUGCUUCGGGGCGCUGCUGCUGGACGAGGAACGGGGCCGUCUGUUUGUCGGGGCCAAGAACUUCCUGCUGUCGCUGUCGCUGGACAACAUUGCCAAGCAGGAGCACAAGAUCUACUGGCCUGCGCCUGUUGACUGGAGGGAGGAGUGUAACUGGGCUGGAAAGGACAUCACUUCCGACUGCGUGAACUACGUGAAGAUCGUGCAUCACUACAAUCGCACGCACCUGUACGCCUGUGGAACCGGGGCCUUCCACCCCACCUGCGCCUUCGUAGAGGUGGGACACCGGAUGGAGGACCACGUGUUCAGGAUUGACCCCUCUAAGGUGGAGGACGGCAAAGGAAAGAGUCCCUAUGAUCCUCGGCACAACCCUGCCUCUGUGCUCAUCGGUGAUGAGCUAUAUGCAGGCGUGGCCACAGACUUGAUGGGGCGGGACUUCACCAUCUUUCGGAGCCUGGGGAAACGGCCCUCUAUCCGCACGGAGCAGCACGACUCGCGCUGGCUCAACGAACCAAAGUUCGUCGGCUCCUUUUGGGUCCCAGAAAGUGAGAACCCCGACGAUGACAAGAUAUUCUUUUUCUUCCGGGAGACGGCGGUUGAAGCCCAAGGCCUCGGAAAGUCUACAUACUCGCGCAUUGGGCAGCUGUGCAGGAAUGACAUGGGUGGUCAGCGGAGUCUGGUGAACAAAUGGACCACGUUCCUCAAGACCCGUCUGAUCUGCUCGGUACCGGGCGCCGACGGCAGUGACACAUACUUUGAUGAACUACGCGAUGUGUUCCUGCUGCAGACGCGGGACAGAAAGAACCCGUUGGUCUAUACGGUCUUCUCUACUUCCAGCAGUGUAUUUAAAGGCUCGGCUGUGUGUGUCUACUCCAUGAAUGACAUCCGGAGGGCCUUCCUGGGGCCCUUUGCUCACAAAGAGGGACCAAACUACCAGUGGGUGCCCUUCCAGGGAAAGGUCCCCUAUCCCCGCCCAGGAAUGUGCCCCAGCAAGACGUUUGGCAGCUUCGAGUCCACUAAGGGAUUUCCAGAUGAUGUGAUUCAGUUUGCACGUCACCACCCUCUGAUGUACAAUCCAGUCUACCCUAUGAAUCGGCGACCCAUUUUUGUCAAGACCAACAUGGACUACAGCUUCACGCAGAUCGCUGUGGACAGAGUCAACGCUGCUGACGGGCAGUAUGACGUCAUGUUCAUCGGCACAGACAAAGGGACAGUGCUGAAGGUUAUCAAUGUACCCAAGGAGAGCUGGAACAACAUGGAGGAACUUCUGCUGGAAGAGCUGGAGCUCUUCAAAGACUCCUCCUCCAUCAGCAACAUGCAGCUCUCUUCAAAACGACAACAGCUCUACGUGGCGUCGGAUACAGGCAUAGUGCAGGUGCCUCUUCACCGCUGCAGCGUGUACGGAAAGGCCUGUGCCGAGUGCUGUCUGGCCAGGGACCCGUACUGCGCCUGGGACGGAACCUCGUGCACGCGCUACCUGCCGAACACCAAAAGGCGCUUUCGUCGCCAGGAUGUCAGGAAUGGAGACCCCAAUACUCUCUGCUCUGGAGACCACCUUAAGCACCGCGUGGCAGAGAGGAAGCUGUACGGCGUGGAGGGGAGCAGCACCUUCUUGGAGUGCAUUCCCAAAUCGCUCCAGGCGAGAGUCACCUGGACCUUCCAGAAACAGCCCCAGAGCUCAAGAGAAGAGGUGCAUCUCGAUGAUCGGAUUCUCCAGACAGACAGAGGCCUUCUCAUCCGUCGCGUCCUCAAGCGAGACAUAGGCACCUACCAGUGCCACGCCAUGGAGCACGGCUUCACCCAAACCCUCCUGGGCAUCACUCUGGAAGUGGUACCCUCAGCAUCCUCCAAUCUACCCUCUGAUGCCCCUGUCCGAUUAGACCCCCGCAGCGGGGGCGCGCCCGCAGCAACCAAUCAAAAGCUUUGGUAUCGGGACUUCAUGCAGCUGGUGGACCACCCCAACCUGAGCGCCGUCGACCAGAUAUGCGAGCAGGUGUGGGCGCGCAAGAACGCUGGCGGCGAGCAGGCCGAGAGGGUGUUCCUCGCUCCGGGAAAGGACACGCCGCCUCAUGGCCCUGCUCUCCCUGCAACCAGCAAAAAGUGGAAGCACCUUCAGGAGAUAAGGAAGGGGAGGAAUCGCCGGACCCACGACGGCAAACCGAACCCUCGGGCGCCACGCAGCGCAGGAGAGUAACAAUGUAGAAAAGGGGGAGGAACGAGGGAGGAAUGAAUGACUGAUACGGGGAGAAAAGAUGAUAGAGAGAGACUGAGAGACAGAGAACUCCUGGAGGUGUUCACACACACAAGACACACACAGACACACACACACGCAACAAACACAGCACCUCGGUUAAUGUGUGUAUUCAUCUAUGGAUGCCCCCAUCCCUGAUUCCUAGUUCCACUGACCAGCCCCUGCAUGUGCUGCCUUAUUGUCCAACUUGAUUCUGCAUGACCCCUUUACACUGUUUCACUAUAUAAUGCACUGAAGCAGGUUCCUGAAGAGAAAACUAGUUUUUAUCUGUCUCGUCCUUUUCUAAUGAGUGUACUUACAGAGUUAAUUGCCACAGGAUGAGCACAUCACGUUUCUGAAAUGAAAGUAUUCAUGUUCAAAAUUCUCCGUGUGGCAAAACAGCAAAGAAAAACAGCAAAUUUCUGUGCACAAUGGAAAAAAAUGAAGAGACACGACAACUGGAAGAUUUGCAAAGACUCAAAGCAAGUGUAAGUGUAACUAUUGAUGUGCACAUAAUGAAAUUCACCUCACCUUCCACAUGCAGCAUGCAUGGCAGCGGUACGAAGGCCUUGACGUCUCACCGUAUGUGGCUCGUAGUUCAUAGUGUCCGAGGGCACAUGCUGCAGCAACCAGAAAUCACAGAGUACAGUAGAAUCUGAGGGGUCCUGUUUGACCAGAUGUGAUUGUUUUGCUUUACUGGUCCGAACCACUAGCACUCGUCCCACUCUGUACUGGUUUACACUUCCCUUGGAUGUGUGGCAAGUCGUCAGCCCCUCAUUCAGCACAGCAAACGCGCAGAAACCUGCUCUUCCCUGUGGCCCACAAUGCAAAGCUGAUUUCAAACACUCAUUUACAUUGACCUUUGCUGCUUAAUGAUGUCAUCUCUUCCUAAAGGACAGUUACUAUGAUAAGGUCUUCCAUUUCUCUGUCUUCGGUCUAAUCUCUGUGUAUUAGCUAUAAAGACACCUUGCUUUUUAAGUUGUCUAUAGUUCUAAUAAGUGUGUAGCUUACGUAGUGUCCAUUGUGUGUACAGACUCAGAUAAAGAGCCAACCUGUGGUGCGAUACUUCAUAUCGUAUAGUCACAGGAAAAAAAGCAACUGCCCUUGUAAGAUAAUUCAUGAAUUUAUACAUUUAUGCUUUUGAACUGAAAUCUAAAUUAAAUGUUGUGUUGGCUAAAUUUGCGACGCUUUCACAAAUCUUAACAAAAGCAUAACGAUUGCAUAAUAUUUCCAAACACAUUCAAAGAUGUAUUGUAGUACUGUAGACGUUUUCCUACAUUGUAUGGUUUGUCCAUUUAUUCACACAGAGUUCAAGUCUUUUGGAAAAGCAGAUCAAGGAAAGAGGAGGCAGCACCAACUGCGUAGUGUGAGAUUUUAGAUGUAUUGAGUCGUUGUUGUUAUUUAUAUACCGUCUUUAUAGAGAUGUAAUUAACUCUUUGAACUGAACUGACUGACGUCUGUAAAAGGGACACUCUGCAUUUUGACACCACAUCCAUGAAGAGAUAGUCAAUACGAACCCAAAACAAACGAAACCCUAAUUUAAUUGGAGGAAGAAGCUUUGAGCUGUUGAGCUACAGUUACUAAUGAACUAAGUGGAUUAAAGAUAAUAAUGGUUUCCUACUUUUCCUUUGAUGAAAGGCUGAUAGUGCUGUCAAGCCUAUCCGAGUCUCCCUUUUAAGCCAGCUGUUUUGUGCUCUUUUCAAAUUGCAUGACUAAUGUUAGUGGCUAAAGCGUUUGACAAUGGAGCGAGAGAUAGAAAGCACAAUGUUGAAUAUAUUAUUAUUAUUUCUAUGUAUUUAUGUGCAAAGAUAAGCUGAUAUGUUGUGGUGGAUCUUUAUUUUUCUUAUAAAUGUAGAUUUUCAUCUGUAUUGUUCGUGUUCUGCUGAAAAAGGACUCAUCCUUAACAUUUCGUCCCAUUACAGUCAAAGGGGAACUUCCUGAACCGUGUUCAAUUAGAUUCUUUGUUACCCACACAGCCCCUCCAUUCAAGACUCCUGUUGUCUCCCAAGCCAUGUGACGCACCCCUAGUGCAUGUUAGAAGUAAAUGUGUGUGUGGUCAGUGUGUGUGUGUGUGUGUGUGUGUGUGAGGUGGGGUGUGUGAAAGAGAGAGCGAAUGUGUGGGGGGAAGCCGAACUCUGCAUGUAACGGCAGAGAUACAACGGUCCUGGUCUGUAGAGCGGAGGGUGAAAGUUCAGCGUUGAAGGCCAAAGUCAACACAGUGCACUGUCAUGCUCCCAGUGGUCUUGUGAAAUGUCAUGUCUCAAUGUCAGAUUGUUUUUGAUUAACACAAUAAAACAUCCAGUUACUUAAAAUUCAAA